GACUUUCUCGUCUAUUUCUCGGAUCCAUCAUUCAUUCAGGUCCAAUAUUCUUUCGCAUCCAAUACAUCCCACUCUUUCACAAUGUUGUCGAUGUUGAUCAAGUCCUGUCUGCUAUUUACCGCUGCACUUGUCCAAUCUCAAUCAUAUCUUGAUCAAAGCAUCACAUUAUAUAUCACCGAACCUGCUUGCGACUCUUACAAAUGCGAAGUUCAAAAAAGUACUGGUGAUAAACUGAAGAUCAAUUGGUUAAAUCCACCAUCAGGAAAUGUGAUGAUUGUGUUAGAAGGUACAACCAAUGAACCUCCUUUUACGAUUGCUAAAAGCGUUCCAGGUACUACCAGUGGUUGUUAUAAAGGUGAUAAUGGUAAACGUCCUUGCGGUCAAUUUAUCUAUACCCUUUCGCAAAAAAUCCGUUCUGGAAAAUAUUCUGUGGCGGUACAUUCUAUCGACCAUCCUGAAAGCGUUGGAUAUACUGAUGUAAUUCAAAUCUCUAAUUAUCGAAAGAUGAAGCGAACAGUUUUACCUAUUUAACAAGAAGAAAGUUUUCUUUAGAGAUAGUCUUUUUGAGCCAUUUCGAAUUCUUUCUCAUUUGUUUUCAUUCAUUUAUGUUGUUCGCUAGGCCUUUCAUGAUGACGAAAUAUUAGCGCUCUCCUUUACACCUGUCU